AUGAUAAAAAGAUUUGUAAUUAAUAUUAUUUUAUUAAUUACACUUUCUAUAUUUUCUUUAUCAACAUCAAUACUUCAAAUAGUUCAUCCACCAAAACCAAAUGAACAAGAUUGGGUUUUAGUUGCUGGAAAUGAAACUUCUGUUGAUAAAGUUUUAGCAAUCUCUCUUGCAUAUGGUGGUAGAUUAAUAUCUAUGAAUUAUUAUAUGCAAUAUAAAGUUAUUUAUUAUUAUGCAAUAAUGCAUAAAUAUAAUGGUCCCGUUUUUUUAAAACCUAAUCCUGUUAAUUUAAUAGAUUUAAAAAAAUUAGCCAAAGAUAAUAUACAAUUAGAUUUAGUACCAACACAACUUUGUGGACAAGAAUCACAAAAUAAUGAUAUUACUUUUUCAACAUAUUGGGAAAGAAUACCUAAUGCAUAUUUUGAAAUAUGGUUUCCAGGUAGUAGUUCAGGAGAUUAUCAAAAAUAUAAACUUGAAAAAGAUGGUUAUUAUUUAUUUAAUAUAUGUGGAUAUUCAGUAUCUAAUAGAGCACAAUAUGUUGGUGUUUGGUUUAAGGGUAAUGAAACAGGAACAGUUCCAUAUCAAGCAUAUUACGGGUUAACGUUAAGAGAAGCUUUAAGAAAAGAUAAAAUUUUAUCAUCUAAAGGUUUUGUUGCAACAAGAUUUCAGUGUUUUAAUAAUAGAAAUAUUGUUCUUUGUUCAGGAAUUUGGCAAUACUAUCCAACUAAUUCACAUUCCAUUGAAGUUGGUGAAAAUUUAAAAGUAAUGUAUAAUAAAUUAAAAACUUUUAAUUUUUUACCAAGACAAAUUUCUCAUUUUUUUAAUGAUAAUAAUAUUCCUAUUUUUGUUGUUCUUUGGUCAAACUUAGAUUCAUAUAGAUUUCCUGAACCACCUGAAAUAUGGAAUCAAAAUUCAAAUAUUCCUUUUACAUUAUAUAAUGGAAGUUUAGAAUUAUUAAAAGAAAAACAAUUAGAUUUUCUUAAUGAUAGAGUAACAAGAUUUAUGAAAGAAUUAGAUAUACCAGGUUUAUCUAUUGCUAUUAGUAAACAUGAAAAAUUAAAAUUUGCCGCUGGAUAUGGAUAUUCUGAUUUAAGAAGAAAACUUCAGGUGACAUCUGAUAAUCAAUUUAGAAUUGGUUCUAUAUCAAAACCAAUAACUGCUACAGCAAUUAUGCUUCUAAUUGAUAGAGGAAUCCUUUCAUUAGAACAUAAAAUUUUUGGAAAACAAGGAAUUUUAGGAAAUGAUUUUUCUAGAACAACUAUGUAUGGUAAUUAUAUUGAAGAAAUAAAAUUACAUCAUUUACUUGAACAUACCUCUGGUGGAUGGGAUAAUUUAACUAAUGAUCCAGCAUGGAUUGAACCAAAUCUUAAUUUAAAAGAUUUAAUAGAAACUGUUCUUGAAAAUUUUCAUUUACAAUAUAAACCUGGAACACAAUGGAUUUAUUCAAAUUUUGGAUAUUUACUAUUAGGAUAUAUUAUUGAAAAAUAUUCACAAAUGUCAUAUGAAGAUUUUGUUAAACAAAAUAUUUGGAAAUUGGGUAAUGUAACAGAUAUUGAAGUAGCAAGACCAACAGUUUCUGAAAAAUCACCAAAAGAAGUUUUAUAUUAUAUGAGUGGUAAUAAAGUUGGUUUUAAUCCUUAUGAUAUGUUAUCACCAUCACGUAGUGGUCCAUGGGGUGGAUGGAUUGCAAGUCCAAUUCAACUUCUUCAUUUUAUGAGAAUAGUUGAUGGAUUUCCUUAUAAAAAAGAUAUCUUAUCUUCAGCAUCAAUAAAAACAUGGCAACAACCUUCAUUACCAUCUAAUGGAACAUAUUCUUUAGGUUGGUCAAUUAAUGUAAUGGGUUUCAAUGGUUGGCAACAUGAUGGUCGUAUGCCAGGUUCUGCUGCAAUGCUCGUUCGCCUUGACAAUGGUGUUGAAAUGGCUAUAACAUGUAAUAAAGAAUAUAGUGAAAGAGAAUUUUUUCAUGAAAUUGGUUUUAUUCUUCAUCAUGUUGGAAAUAACUGUGAUUGGUGGAAUGAUGAUAUAGAUUUAUUUUAA